AUGGCCGACCAAAAGACUCAAAUAUCAAAGAGAUCACCUAACGAGCAAAUCGACUUUCAAGAUGGCUCGUCGCACGAAACGCACCCGGACACGUACAACGUCGCACUCAAGCUUGCAGAAGCCCAUGCCGAGGAUGAAGUAGACCCUAUCGCCGAGAAGAAGUUAGUCAAGAAAAUUGAUUGGUACUUGAUGCCACUGAUGUGUAUGACCUACGCUUUGCAAUACUAUGACAAGGUAAUGAUAGGCCACGGCGCCAUCUUUGGGCUCAGAGAAGAUCUGGAUAUUGUCCAAGGUCUGCGAUACUCGAACUGCACUAUGAUCUUCUUCUGUGGUUUCAUCGUCGGCUGCUAUCCUCUCUCCAUAUUGGGCCAGAAAUUCCCUACUGCAAAGGUUUGCGCAGCCAUUUGCUUUCUCUGGGGUAUAGUCGUGCUCUCCACUCCAGCCUGCACUUCCUACUCAGGCUUUAUGGCCAAUCGCUUCUUCCUAGGCCUCAUUGAAGCCGGUGUUUCCCCAUUAUUCAUGCUCGUUACUUCCAAGUGGUAUACCAAUGAAGAACAAGUCCUCAGAAUGGGCUUCUGGUAUUCCAGUGGCGGUGCGGUCAACCUCGUCUCGCCGCUGAUCAACUACGGACUUGGAAGCAUCAAGGGCAGUAUCGCUGGUUGGCGUAUCCUAUACAUCUUCGCCGGUGCCCUCACUCUUCUCUGGUCUUUCGUUGUGUAUGUCUUUUUCCCCGAUUCACCUGUCACGGCAAAACGCCUUACGGAGGCCGAACGAGCAUUGGCCAUUCUGCGGCUGCGAAAGAAUAACACUGGUUUCGAGAACACCCGUUUGAAGCCACGGCAGAUCUGGGAGACGCUGAUUAGUUAUCAGUUCUGGUCCCUGUGCUUGCUCGGAAUGCUGUGUAGUACAGCUACAAGUGCUGCCAACACAUUUUCAAGCUUGGUCUUCAAAGGCCUAGGCUUCAGCGUGUUUCACACCCUCCUACUCAAUAUUCCUUUAGGGGCCAUCUCCAUCUUCACUAUUGUUGGAUCUGGGUGGCUUGGACGGACGUUGCCCGAUAUGAGACAUCAUAUUUAUACCAUCGCAUGCCUUCCAGUUAUCACAGGUUGCGUUCUAUUGUGGCAACUACCUGCUAGUCAAACUGCCGGGCGAAUCGUUGGCAUCUACCUGGUUUCGUUCUUUGGAUCAUGUUACGUGCAGGUCAUAGCCUUUGGCACCUGUAACUUUGCUGGCUAUACUAAGAAGACAAUUGUGUCUGCCGGCAUUUUUAUUGGCUAUUGCCUUGGUAAUAUUAUCGGUCCGUUGCUAUUUGAUGCUACCCACGUCGAUGGCACAUUUAACCUUCACUGUACUCUCGCAGACUUCACCCAGCGCCUCACGAUCAUGGACUCGUCUUCUUCAGAUCGACCAUUCAACAAGGCAGGAUACUCUCCACGUAUCCCCCAAAUCGUUGCUGACAUCCAACAGAUCAUUAUCGUCGGUGCAGGUCCCUCUGGUCUGCUACUGGCUCUUCUUCUUGCCCAGAGAAAUAUCCCUUCUGUUGUUCUGGAGUCGUGGCCGCAUCUUGACACGCGCCUACGAGCAACGCAGUAUGGAGUACCAGCCACCCGCGUCUUCCGUCGCGCCGGCAUUCUUGAGGAUAUUCGCAAAGCCAGUAUCGCAAAAUUUCCGAGUAUAUGUUGGAGGCGUGUCUCAGAUCACGAGAAGCUGAUAAGUCUGGACCUAUCACUUGUCGAGGAUGAUCCCGAUCGCAUGACAAUCUUGCCUCUUGGUGAGAUCAUACAAAUCAUCUACCGACAUUGUCUUGAGAGAGGAGAGGGGCUCAUCGACGUCAAGUUCAAUCAUGAAGUUACAAAUGUCGGCCAGGAUGGCAAUUCUGCCUAUGUUGACGUCAACAUCAAAGGCGAGGGGGGUUCAGAGAAUGCUCGUAUCACUGCUGACUACGUCGUGGGAUGCGACGGAGCAUCUAGUGCUGUCAGACGCUCAUUGUUCGGAAGAGAAUGGCCUGGACAGACACUACCUUAUCGAUUUGUUGUUCAAAAUGUCUACUACGAUGGCUUCCAAAGGCAUAACUGGGACGGUGGAAAUUACAUGGUCGACAAUGAUCACUGGGGCCUCAUUGCGCGCAGAGGAAAAGGAGGUCUAUGGCGCGUCACCUACGGAGACCCAGUCACGGGCUUGACAGACGAAGAGUAUCUGGCUCGUCGUCCAGCACACAUGAAAGCAAUGCUCCCCGGACACCCCGACCCAGACCAGUACCGAAUCGAACACACUAACAUAUACAACAUACACAAUCGUUGCGUUGAGAGCUUCAAGGUCGGGCGUGUCAUUCUAGCCGCUGAUGCGGCGCAUGUCUGCAACCCUAUGGGAGGUUAUGGUUGCAUGACUGCCGUCUUGGACGUCGGUGGUCUAGCAGAUUGCUUCAUCGGAUACUACCAUGGUCUAGCGGACGAAGAUAUCCUUAACAAGUAUGCAGAGGUCCGACGGGAUAUCUUUGUUAGAUAUGUUGAUCCGCGAUCGAUCAAGAAUCUCAAUCGUGUGGCGACAUCUGAUCCUCACACGGUCUUGGAGACAGACAAGUUUUUUGGCAUUCUGAAGGAUCUCCAGCAGGACGACAAUGACAUGAGGGCGUUUUUGUUGAAAGUGUCCAGUAUCGAAUAUGAUUUCACGAAGCAUUACAAGAGCAAUCAGAGCGGGCAAGUUCUAUGA